AUGCAAUCUCCAGUGGCAACGUCCAAAAGACAAAAUAGCGAUAUUCAAAGUCAAACAUCAGUGUCUUGGCUAUAUUUAAAGAUGAGAAUAGUGGGUACACUCGAAAGAAGCGUCGCUGAAAGUAAUCAGCUAGUGAGAAUAUCCAGGAAGAAAGCACAAAAAAAAGAUCGACGCCAACUGCACCAAGCGGGAGGCCACGUGCACCGUCGAGAAAUAGUACUUUUGUCUUGUGCUCGGGUGCUAAAUGACAUUCUGAAGCUUCCGACUUUGUUGAUACACUGCUCUCAGCUUGAUCUAGCGAUUGCUGUUCAUCUGCUCUGGAAGAAAACGGGAGAGUUUGUUGCAUUUCGACUGUUUUUCUUCAACAAUUUGGGUACAGUACGUCUCCAAUACACCGGCAACGAGACUCGAUGUGGCGACUCUACAAGAACAAUUGGAUCCCUAUACUCCUGCGAUAGAGACAAGCGUUUUUACUUGGAGCAUGUGCUUCGUGUCACUUUUAAAGCUUGCAUGACAAUUGCAGCGUAUCAAAUGCUGUUCGAGCGAGUCUUGCGUUUGACAGGCGAAAAAAAAGCGUUUAUGGCAGCUACAUAUUUGUUCUUACGAUGGAAAAUGGCAUCGCUUGACAUCGCAAAUUAA